CGCGCACCUCGUCGCUCUCGUCGCUUCCCAGUCCAGGGCCGCUGUGUGUAGCUUGCCGGCGGCUACUCCGGCGUUUGGGUCGGUGCUGGGCUUGGUCGAGCCGCGGCCCUUGGGGGCCUCCGGCGCAAACCCUUCGCGCCAGCCGAGUCAGGCCAGAACAUGGCUGCGUGGGGUCUGGAUCAUCUCAAAAAUGACUAUAGAAGAAGAUUUUGCCGACCAUCCAGGGCACUUAAUGUUAAUACAGAGCAAGGCAAGAACAUACUGGAAAUCUUGCAAGACUGUUUUGAAGAACAAAGUCUUGCUAAUGAUCUUAGCACAAAUUCUACAAAGUCAGUGUUUUAUUCAACACCUAAAAUAAAAGACAUUUGUAAUCAGUUACCAAGCAAAGAGGGUCAGUACCAGAAAUCACACCCAAACUCAGUGACAAUUUCUUCAAGAAAGAAAGAAACCUCUGUGGGCUGUAUUGUAGAAUCAAAUGAAGUCAACAAAUCAGUUUGUACCCAUGAUGUUCAUCCGAAAAUUGUGGCAACUGAUGUUGGUUCUAAAAAUAUACCUGACUCAAGAAAAAUGUCAAAUAAAAAUAAAAAAAUUCAUCAUGAUGAAGACAAAGUGGAAUUGUAUUUAUCUGUUUGUUCACCUUCUGUUCUCGUGGAUGCAAAAACAGUAUCACAAAAUGCCAGUGCCCAAAAGAGAAAGUCCUGCACAUUUGAAAAUUCAGUAAAUUUGCUGUCUUCAAACACAGAGAUUUCUCUUAAAACCAAAAAAAGGUUAGAUUUUGAAGAUGAUGUUUUGAAGAAAGUAGAAAUAGGGAAGAAAAUAUCAGAAAUAGGGGAUAAAAUAUCAGAAGGACCACAAAAAGGGAAACCAUCAGGAACAUCUCAGCAAGGAAUACAAGAUUCAAAAUAUGAAAUUCAACCACAAGCUAAAAAGAGUUUUUCAACAUUAUUUUUAGAAACUGUAAAGAAAAAAAGUGAAUCCAGUCCUAUUGUUAAACAUAUAGCAACUUCUCCACCUCAUUCAUCACCGGCAAAUGAUAAGAACUUAUUAGAGGAUGAAUUUGUUAUUGAUGAAUCAGAUAGAAGCUUUGCCAAUCUAUCUUGGAUUACUAUACCGAGAAAGGCUGGAUCUUUGAAACAACACAUAGUAUGCUCAGCUGAGGGCACUGUACUCCCUCAAAAUAAGUCAAGAGAAAAACAUCACAGUGUAUCGCCUAUGAAUUUGACAAGGGACAAAGAUUCUGAUAAAGUUCACCCAGUAGAGAAAUCUCAGCUCUCUGAACAAAAAAAAAUGGGUAAGAGUUGUGCUUUGACUGAUGCAGUAGAAAAUAAUCAUAGAUCUACGAAAUAUAAAACAUAUUCUGAGAACACAGAAAAGUCGCAUCAAAGUAAAAGGACUACAAGACAAAAACAGAGGAGAAAAUCUAAGCCCAAUGUAGUUGAAGAUCAUGCUGAUAUGGAACAAUCUAAGGAGAAAGACCUAAAUAUGUCACUUACCGACCAAGACAAGUUACAAAGAAAUUCAGACAGAAAUAUGGAAGAGUGUGAAGAGAUAAGAAAGGUUCAUACUUCAGUAAAACAGAGGCAGCCUGUGGGAGGCAAGCAAAGAAGCACCAGUGUUUCUCUUAUAGAGAAUCAGAAAAAAGAUAGAGAACCCAAAAAGAAACAUUCUUCACAUGGCUCCAAGAAGAACAAACUUAUACCUGAGGAAUCUGAUUCCAUUCUCACAAGAAGUCGAAGAAUUUCCAGGCGUCCGUCUAAUUGGUGGGUGGUAAAACCAGAGCAGAGUCCUGUUUAUAACUAUUCUACAAUAAUAAAUGAAUCAUCAGCUUAUCAUAACAGUAAACAAAAACCUGCUGAAAAAACAAAUCGAUCAUCUAAGAAUAUUGGGAAAAAAACUAAAAGGCAGAAGAGAGCUCAAGGCAGCUCAAGAGAACUGAAGUUUUUAACUGCUGACAAUUCUGGUGAAAAUAUGAACCAUGAUGAAAUCUCCACUUGUUCCCAGAAUGACUCAUUGGAAAUUGACAAGGCAGACCUGGCUGAGAAGAAAAACUUAGCUCUUUCUAGAUGUACAGGAAGUUCAAAGGAGCAAGAUGGUACAAAUACUGUACAAAAUGUUCAUCUAAAGUCUCAGACAAAUGACCAUACAUGCAAGACAAUAGCAGAGUCUAAUUUGAAUUCUGGAGAGCCUAACACUUCAGUUUUUGAAAGAAGUGGACCUUCCAUGGUCAAGAAUGUUUUAAUAACUGAAAAGAAUAAUUCUGAUGUAGAUGAUAAGGAAGUUCAGGAAAAUCCAGAUGACUCAAGAGUAAAAGGAUCUCAAGUAACAUCAGAAAGCAAAAUACAUCACAAAUUAGUAUUGCCAUCCAACACACCAAAUGUUCGCAGGACCAAGAGAAUACGAAUGAAGCCUUUGGAAUACUGGCGAGGGGAACGCAUAGAUUAUCAAGGAAGGCCGUCAGGGGGCUUCUUUGUGACUGGUGGAAUACUAUCCCCAGAUGCAGUAUCAUCUAAAAGGAAGGCAAAAGGAAACAUGGAAAAAAUCAACAAAAUUGUUAAUAGAAAAAGGAUCUGUCUUGAUAAUGAUAAAAGAAAUAAUAAAUUAGCGAUAAAUCUGAAUAUACCUCUGGGAGAUCCUUUGCAACCAACGAGGGUAAAGGACCCAGAAACAAGAGAGAUUAUUCUUAUGGAUCUUGUAAGGCCACGAGAUACUUACCAAUUUUUUGUUGCGCAUGGUGAACUGAAAGUAUAUAAAACACUGGAUACACCCUUUUCUACUGGAAAAUUGACAUUAGGACCACAUCAAGAAAAGGGAAAGCAGCAUGUUGGCUCAGAUAUAUUGGUUUUUUAUGUUAAGUUUGGUAACCUUUUAUGUACCUUACAUGAAACACCUUAUGUGAUAACAACUGGGGAUUCAUUCUUUGUUCCUUCAGGUAAUUAUUACAACAUCAAAAAUCUUCUGGAUGAGCAAAGUGUACUUCUUUUUACUCAGAUAAAAAGAUGAAAUAUGAAGCAAAGUUUAGAUGUGUAUGUGCGUGCAUGUGCAUGAGUGUAUAUAUACACAUAUACACACAACGGUUUGUACAGUUGGAACAUUUCUCUUUGUAAUUAUUUGCACUAUUUUAAAAUAAUAAAAUUUUAUUUAGUUUUCUGUUACUUGUAUCAGAUAUUUCAAGUUCCCAUAUCUUAAUUUUUCCACAAAUAUACACUUGACCUCUAGUGGUUCCCAUGCUUAUAAUAUUUUAAUAAU